GUGGACAGUGUCAAAUAAAAACAAGGAUAAUCUCGAUUUUGGUGAAUUUCUCCACAUUUUCAUCGAACCAAACAUUGAUUUGAUAUCAGGAUGAGGAGUCGCAGUAAUUCAGGUGUACGCCUGGAUUAUUUUCAAAGACUAGUCAACAAAACUAUACUCAAACAUCAGAAUGCCGUGACAGGGCUCCUCCCAGCUACUCCAGACCAUCCCCAUGCUUGGGUGCGAGAUAAUCUGUACUCCUGCAUGUGUGUCUGGGGUUUGGCACUCGCCUACAGGAAGAAUGCAGACUUGGAUGAAGACAGGGCCAAAGCCUAUGAGUUGGAACAAAGUGUUGUAAAGCUGAUGCGUGGCCUCCUCAUGUGCAUGAUGAAGCAAGUGGGGAAGUUGGAGACAUUCAAGCAUACACAGUUACCCAGUGAUGCUCUCCAUGCCAAGUAUUCAGUCAAACUAGCCUGCAGUGUCGUAGGAGAUAACGAAUGGGGUCAUCUUCAGAUUGAUGCCACGUCGCUGUAUCUUCUGAUGCUGGGGCAGAUGACAGCAUCUGGUUUACAGAUCAUCUUCACAUUGGAUGAAGUAACAUUCAUUCAGAAUAUGGUAUUUUAUAUUGAAGCAGCUUAUCGGAUACCGGAUUAUGGUAUUUGGGAAAGAGGUGACAAAACUAACCAUGGUUUACCCGAGUUGAAUGGCAGUUCUAUUGGCAUGGCAAAGGCUGCAUUAGAAGCUGUAAAUGAACUUGACCUGUUUGGAGCGCGGGGAGGUCCAGAGUCUGUCAUCCACGUGUUGGCUGAUGAACCCCAACAGUGCCAAGCUGUUCUGCAGUCUAUGCUGCCCAGAGAAUCAAACUCAAAGGAGGUAGACAGUGCCCUGCUUAGUAUCAUCAGCUUCCCAGCGUUUGCAGUUGAAGACGAGGCCUUGAUCUCUGUGACGAGAGAUACUAUUAUCGAUAAACUACAGGGACGAUAUGGUUGCUCCAGGUUUCUACGGGAUGGCUACAAGACUGCUAAGGAGGAUCCAAGUCGUCUCUACUAUGAACCCUGGGAGCUGAAAGUGUUUGAGAAUAUCGAAUGUGAAUGGCCCGUCUUCUUUGCCUACCUGAUCUUGGAUGGGAUCUUCAUGGACAAACCUGCCCAGGUUGAGGAGUACAAAGAACUGCUUGACAGUCUCCUGAUUAAAGAUGAAACCGGCCUGGCCCUGAUGCCCGAGCUAUAUGCUGUCAGUGCUGAUAAGGUUGACCAGGAGUACAAGAACCCAAAGAGUCAGGAUCGGUCUGCCAUUGGAAAGAUGCCACACAUGUGGGGACAAUCCCUGUAUGUUUUAGGCAGGCUCUUGAUUGAGGGUUUCCUCUCACCUGGGGAACUUGACCCCCUCAAUCGCCGACUGGUGACAGAACCUAAGCCAGAUUUAGUUGUUCAAGUUGUGAUACUUGCUGAGGAUCAUGGUAUUCAGGAGAUGCUUGCUGCCCAUGGUCUCCACGUUCAAACGUUCUCCCAGGUGGCCCCCAUCAAUGUCUACCCAGCUAGAGUCCUCAGCUAUCUCUACUCACAUCUAGGUAAAAAUGAGAAGCUUGGCCUGUCUGGGCGAUUAUCUAACGAGAUUGGCCUGCUGUCUACAAGUAAGCUCUACAUGGUUGGCGAUCAAGUCUAUGCAUUUUUACCCCAGUUUGUAGAUCACAAGCAGUUUUACUUGGCCAUGGACAGCGCCAUGAUCGUUGAGAUCUUCAAAGUUGAAGUGGCCUACGUUGCAAGCAGUUGGAGUGUCCUCGGCCGGCCGACAAUUAUUUUCCCAGUCAUGGGCUCCUUGUUAGUGAGCAAUAGUGCAACUCCUUGGUUGAGACGGCGAUACACUGCAGAUCACUCACAGAGUCUGCCUCUAGCUCUGGUGGCCACCAUUCAGAAACUACAGUCCGGGUACAUCAAUGGAACAAGAGUACAGCUGGGCAACCUGAUUGAGUUCCUGAGCACGUCAUGUGUCACCAAGCUGACGUUCCUACCACAGCAGGGUAGUGAGGAUGACCCUCUUUCUCCUUCAGAUUACAAGAUCAGCCAGUUCAUCUCGAGUGUGGCACCGGCGUACACCCGGUCUCGUCUUCCCUCGAACAUGCCCAAGGGCUCCGGCAGCCGUGAGAGCCUGUACCGGUUACAACGAAGACAGUCUAUCCAUGGCAUUGUAAAGAGGACUAAGUCGAUAGCUAUAGACACAGAUGAAGACUUUGAUAGUGAAAAAAGUGACUCAGUCCGGAGCUUUGGGAACUUACUCUCUCCUGGGGGGUCAUCGGGCCCUCCAUCCCCGGGGGGAAUGCUCACUGUGGAAAUAAAUUGUGUCCGCAAAUUAUCGUCGGCCAGCAUUAGUCAGAGUCUUGAAAAUGAGCAAGAGUUUGCUGUGCAUUACCUGAAAGGUAGCCUGAGCCCGUCACAGAUGCAGGGUCAGACCAGCCCCAUAACACGUCGACGAAAUGACACUACUGACGGCUCAGAUCCCCAUUAUGAAGGUGUCGAUGCUUCAGACUUGAUCGAAAUGCUCAAAGAGACAGAGAACCUCCAAGAACAGGCUGACAUUAUCUAUUACCUCUAUAUUGCCAAAGGGCCAGACUGGGACACAGGACUUGGUGGCUAUCAGGACUGCACUGUGACAGACCUGAUGAAAGAGCUUUACGAGCGGGCUGGUCAUCUAAAGCAGUGGUGGCUCGUACGACACACAGCCGGCUUGCUGAGGAAGAGGGUUGAGGACUUGGCCAAGGCUGUGACAGACCUCCUGGUCAGACAGAAGCAGCUAGCUGUUGGCCUCCCUCCUGAGCCGAGGGAGCAGAUCAUUACAAGACCCCUACCACCAGAUGAGCUGGCAGCGAUCAUCCAUAAUGCCUGUGGGGAUGACUGUAGUACUGCUAUGUUUACACAGGAAUUGCUGGUCUACCUGGCUAUGUUCAUCAGAACAGAACCGAAUCUGUUUGCGGAGAUGCUCAGGUUACGUGUCGGACUCAUCAUACAAGUCAUGGCAGUCGAGUUGGCAAGGACUCUGCAGUGUUCAGGGGAGGAGGCAUCAGAUCACCUGUUGAAUCUGAGUCCAUAUGAAACCAAGACCCUCCUUCACCACAUACUGAGUGGUAAAGAAUUCGGAGUCAACUCAGAAUUCGGCACCCAGAAGGUGGAAAACCCGGGUGAAAUGAUCACUGAUUUGGACAGGAACCGCAAGCGACGCGAGUCGCUGACACUUGAUUUAAAGGAUCAACUGAUGAAUACAAUCAAUCCUCCUCAGCCGAUUCACCCCCCGACGGCAUCACAUUCUGCCUCGCCGGAGAAACUGGAAGAGGCUCUCAAGGCUGAUCGACAUGGACAGUGGUUACGGAGACGGAGACUAGAUGGUGCUCUGAAUCGAGUGCCCGUUGGAUUCUAUCCCCGAGUCUGGGAUCUUCUAGAGAGGUGCCAUGGUUUAUCCAUUGAGUCACACAUCCUACAACAGUCUCUCACUCGAGAGAUGACCCAGGGUGAACUGAAGUUCGCUCUUCAAGUCGAAAUGGUGCUGAACAAAAUCCCGCAACCAGAAUAUCGCCAGCUGAACGUCGAGGCCAUGAUGGUGCUCACCAUGCUAGUUGAGAAUGAUAGCGGUCGUGUCAACCUGAACUAUGUCAUACAUCUUGAUAAACUGGUGUGGGAGGCGAAUCUAUUGUUUCUCAAAGAGCAGGUUCGUUUCAAAGGAGACGCGAUGACCUGCUGUGCCAAGUUGCUUACGACGGGUUCCGCACCACGGAGGUCCAGCCAUUCCUCAUGUGGUGGCAGUGCAGGUAUAUGUCAACACUUCUACGACAGCGCACCUAGUGGCCGAUAUGGAACUAUGACGUACCUAUUUCGGGCGAUCGCACAACACCUGCAUUUCCCUGUUCAGGACGGUGACAGCUUGGACUGUGUUUUAAGUUGAUCAGAUAGUCUCGUCGGUUUGACACUGUGUCGGACUCGAUUUAUGAUCAUAUGUUUUCAUCUCCUGAGUUACAUACUGUUUGAAGGAACUGUCUGAUGGAGGACUGGACAGGGAGAAAGUUACAGCGAGCGGUAGUUUUUUUUCUGACCUUCAUAAUACAUGUGUCGUGGUUGUAAAUUGAAUGGUGCUUGAUAGUUGGACUUCUUUUGGUAGUCUGACUGCUUAUUCACAGUGAUUUGACUGACAUUGAUGUAAUCUGGAACUUGAUAGGAUGAUGGUCAUCUUACUCACCAGGACUGCUUUCCUUCCACUUGUGUUUGAUGUAUAAUAAAACCAACCGAGUGACUGUAACCAUUCACGGUGCAAUGUGGGUCAUCAAACACUGUAGAAAGACUGUAAAUAGUUUGUAAAUGUGAACAUUGUCUCCUUAUUUUGUAUCCAUGGAAAUUCAGAUAGGCCUUUGUUAUGUUCAAAGAGUACGAGAAAGAUGCCAUAGGUCAUGCAGAUGUUCUUUCUGCUGUUAUUGACUUCUGAAGGCCAUCAAACAGUGUUUAGUUACAGAAUCCCUUAUAGUUCGCAGAUGCAUCAGAAAAUAUGGUUUAUUUCAAGUAGCAAAUAGGAUUGUUAAAAACUAUAUCGGGGUUUAAAUUAUUUAUUUGUUGUGCAGCAGUUGUUGUGUUCUAUUGUUUACCUUACCUCUACCUCGCCCUGAUUCCCUGCUAUGUAUAUAUGUGUAAGAUUAUUUCUAUGUUGAGAAUAAAUUUCCUGCU